UGAAUGCUUCGUAUUUUUACUCAGUUCAGACGCGACUAUCAAAUAACACGCGCGCGUUGGGCCAUGUAUUUAAAUAAAUUAUAAUUACGCAAAAACAACUUUUGCCUUUAAAUUAAAUAAAUAAUAAUGUGAUAUUAGUUCUGUAUUUUAAUAUAUCUGUGAUAUUGUGAACUCCUGUAUACAAGUUUUUAGUUAUAAUGGGGGACGAAAAGUCCAGAUUGGAACCACAGCCUUCCACAUCAGCUCAGAGCUAUUAUGGCACAAUACAAAAUGACUCAACACCCUUCAUCAAAAAUGGCAACAAUGGAGCCAUUGUUAAAACUCCUGAGAAAGUCAAGUCGAGUAAGAAUUCCAAGGCGGGAAGAGGAGCGGCCUUACGACAAGUUAUAGCCUGUUUCCUUGCUAACCUUGGGACCAUCAACACGGGAAUGGCUUUUGGAUUCUCGGCCACUUCGCUGCCUCAAAUGAAAGACCCAAAUUCGACAGUGCACAUAAAUGAUGAUCAGGCUGGUUGGAUAGCAAGUUUAAGCGCGGCUGGCACUCCGGUGGGCUGCAUUGUCAGCGGGUACAUGAUGGACAACUUCGGUCGCAAGAUGACCCUGGUCAUCACUGAAGUGCCGCUGAUCUGCGGCUGGCUUCUCAUAUCAAUGGCGCAGAAUGUGCCCAUGAUUUAUAUUGGAAGACUGCUAGUCGGCUUCGGCUCGGGCAUGGUGGGGGCGCCAGCCAGGGUGUACACGGCUGAGGUCUCGCAGCCACAUCUUCGGGGCAUGCUGGGAGCUCUGGCAUCAGUUGGGGUUUCUACUGGCGUUCUUAUUCAAUACGUAAUAGGUAGUAUGACUACCUGGAACGUGUUGGCCGGGAUCAGCGCGUCCAUCCCGAUGUUGUCGCUGCUUACCAUGAUCUUCCUCCCGGAGACGCCCAACUUCCUUCUCCAGCAGGACAAGAGGGAGAAAGCUGAGAGCUCAUUGGCCAAGUUGAGAGGCGGAUCUUGCGACCUCCAGGAAGAAAUACAGAGGAUGAUCACGUUUAAAGAGAAGAACCACGUGGAGCCAUUAAAGUCUGCGAAGGAAAUCUUCAAAGCCGUAAUAGCACCGUCCGCCUUGAAACCGUUCCUGAUUCUGGCGUUAUACUUCUUGAUCUACCAGUGGUGCGGGAUCAACACGAUCACUUUCUAUGCCAUUGAAAUAUUCCAGGCAUCAGGUUCGACAAUGAGCAAGUCCGUGUUUGCAAUAUCCCUGGGCAUUGUCAGACUGAUAUUCACCAUAGUUGGUUGCGUGCUCUGCAGAAGAUGUGGCAGGAGGCCCCUUACUUUCGUAUCAUCGAUCGGUUGUUCUGUAACCAUGAUAAUCCUGGCUGUCUACAUGUACUAUGUGAAGCUGUGGAAGGAGAACGAUGUGGAACCCGUAUACUCCUGGAUCCCACCCGCUUGCAUCUAUGUCUUUGUGAUCUCCUGUACCAUCGGCUACCUCAUUGUGCCUUGGGUGAUGAUUGGCGAAGUGUACCCUACUCAGGUGCGCGGUAUAAUCGGCGGGAUGACCACGUGUGCAGCUCAUUUGUCAGUGUUCUCGGUGGUCAAGACGUUCCCACUCUUGCGCUCGCUCAUCGAUUUCUACGGGGCCUUUGCCUUGUACGGCAGUAUUACUGUUUUUGGUACCGUAUUCUUCUACUUUUUCCUCCCGGAGACAAAAGGAAGGACCCUACAGGAGAUUGAAGACUACUUCUGCGGAAGAACAAAAUCUCUUAAAAAGCAGAGUAGUAUAACAAGUACUGCUUAGAAUUUAGUGUAUAUAAAUAAUGAAUCUAGGAAUUUUAAAUAAAUUUAAAUUUUUUUGAAUUAUAAAGUUUUAACAACAGUGCGAUAAAUUUUAUAAAUGCAUUUUAAAAAAGUGACGCGAUUAAUAUCGUUCAUUCCAGUAUGAAACCAUGCAAAGGGAAUGCAUACCAAAACGAGAAUUCAAGCAAUUUUCGAUACCAGUGAUUUAUUACUUGUUAAGAAGUACAAUCAUCUGAAUUUUAUAUUUCCAAACGUUGUUUUAACAGCAUUAAUAUCUAUUUCUUCGUUUACAUUGGUUCUUCUUAUAGCAAAGUGAAACUCUAAAUAACUACAAAUUAAAUUAAAAUUAUUAUUAUUAAAUUUGUGAGAAAGGUAUGAAAGUGUAAGAAAAAGGAAAAUAUGUACCUACUUCGUUUUAUUGAAACUUUAGGGUAUUUAUAUAAUUAUUGUUUAGCGUGAUGUGUAAUGUUCCAAUGUGUGAUUUCACACGAUCCAGCAAAUUGGUGUCAAAUUAUUAAAAUUGUAAAUUUUUAGCUUCUUAACUUAACUUCUUACAGGUUAUUUUGUAGCUAAAUUGAAUUGCCUCAAGUUGUAUUAUUAAUUUUAGUCUUCUCUUGUUUGUAUGUUUUACAAAAAACAAAUGUUGUCAAAAGAAGAUUUUUUUAAAAAUUUUUUUAUAAAUAUUAUUUCUAUGAUAAUGAAAAAAAUUACUUAUCAUAAAGUGCCUUUACAAUAUUUUAAACAAUAACUCUUUAUCAUAUACUCGUAAAUAAUAUAAUUUUAAUAAAAAUACAAUAUAAAUAAAAGAUAUGAUAAUGUGCCACAUAUAUUAGUCAAUAUUUAAUUAUGUAUAUAUAAUAUAGUAGAUUUAUAAUGUAAAUUUAGUUUACAAGAAAUAAGAAGAACUAUUUUUAGACAACGUUUAAGUACCAUAAUAUGCCGUUUAAUCUCACGGUAUCGUGUUUCUAAUUAUAAGGGCAUGCACACGGUCUCAUAAAAUAAAUCUCUUUGAACAAAAAAAAAGCGAUGAGUAUGUUAUUUUUGUGUAAGUUACCAAAAAAUAAAAAUAUUUGUUCUUAAAAAUUAGAAAGUACUUCUUGAAGAUUGUUUUUUUUUAAAAUUAAACUGCAGGAUAAAAAAAAUAUUUGUAUUAAUUACUCGAAAGGCAAAAGAAGUCAAAGGUUUUAGCAGUAUAAAUUAAAGUCAUAAGUAAGUAUAAUUCUAAAUAUAAUUUAAUUUUAAAAGAAUACAAGUAAUUGAUUAAAUUUUCAUUAUUUAUAUGCUUAUAGUUGCAUUAGAAAUAAGAAUUGUUAUUUUAAUAGUAACUUGCAAAGCAUUUAAUUUUAAGUGUUUUUUUUGUAGAAAGGUGAUUAAAAAUAUAUUUUGUAAAAAGCAUUUGUGAUAGUUAUCAGGUAGAGAACCAAGUUGUUAAACAUAUCUCAAUAAAAUGUAUGUUGAUACAUUACUUAUU